AUGUAUCGGAAGUUGUCUAAGUUAGAACACUCGGAAAUAAAACAACUUCUUACAGAAGCUAACAUAGAUGUUGCAAAACAUUACGCAACAAACAAAAAAGCACUCGCUGACUUCAUUAAAGACUAUAAUGGUGCAAUAAGUUAUGAUAGAAUUCAUGAGUUCAUAAAGCCGCAACGCGGCGAGGACGAAGUCCAUGCAAGAGCAUUUCCUUUAAAUGACGUUGCUAUUGACUUAUAUCAUAGACGUUCAGUACCUCAUGAAGUAAGAAGAGAAAUGUUUGACAUAACAAAUGCAAACGUUGGUGAAACAAGAAGAAGAGACGACACACUGAAACAACAGAGAAGAGAGAUGUUUAAGAGCGCUAUAGAACAAGUUCGCAAAGCUAACGAUGUCAUUCGUUCCAUUGACGACAAACCAAAAGAAGGUGAGAGAUGGUUAAAGAAAGAUGAAGAGAAUAGGAAGAGAAAUGUGAAGUCAGGCAAUAGACUCAUUGACUUUAACAUCGAAGCUUUAGAUGAACCAAACAGAGACUACUUACACAAACAUUUCGGUAAGGUUUUCAUGAGACUCUUAGAGAAAAUUAAAAUAAACUCACAACAGAGAUGGAUGGUAUGUUAUAAACUUGGUGGAAAGUAUGAAUGUUCUACGUUAAACCUCAAUAAUAUUGGAACAUUACUACAUCAGCUCUUGAAGGAGAACUUUAUAUCAGAGAUAGAAGCAAAUGCUGCAGGUAUUGUUGAAAUGCACUAUGACUUCUUCUUGACAAACAUAAAGAAUCUUACUGAAAUAAAGAUGUAUGAUUUAACAGAAUAUGAAGGCUUAACGAUGUCAGAU